CUUCUGAGGGCUUCUCUUCUGCCCACCGGUCAACGUGCAGUGGGCUCACCCAAGUCAAUAUGAAACAGACAAAGUCUUCACGUGGCAAGAAGCAGCAGCAUGUUAAAACAUCUAACAAUGAUGGAGAUAUCCUGCCUUUUCUAAAGCGUAAGGAGAACUCCACUGCGGUAAUCACAAAUGCCAAAAGGCACCAGGAGAACUUCACUGCAGUAAUCCGAAAUGCCAAAACGAUGAGAACUGCUACGGAAAUUGGGAAUCAUCAUACAAGAGAAAAUACAUCUAGCAAUGAGAAGUCAACAGAUGAAGAAAGAAAAUUCACUGUGAACUUGGGUGAUGGAAAGGAGCAUGUGGUGAAAGGGAAACUUCAUAUCAAUGUGUAUACUGCCCUCAUGGCUGCUAAAGCUGUUCAAAUGCAGAUGGAAAUAGAGAGGGAGAAGAAUAAGGAGAUCUAUUUAAUAGGGCGGAAAGGAAUUAAGGGAUGCAUUAACCUGGGGAUGCCUCUGAAGUACUUGCCUGUGGGCACCCAAUGUGACAUGAAAUUUUACAAGAUUGGUAAAAAUGGGGGUAGUGAUGAGAUAGGAUACCGUCAAUAUGACAAGAGGGAAGAAUGUAUCUUGUUCUAUGUUUCCCCAGUUGGAAAUAGAUUAGAAACCAACAUGGCACAGACUCGUAAGAUAAUUAGGUGCAAAUGGCUUCUUGAAGAACGCUGCAAUAUGUGUGUCUUUGCACCAAAAGGUGAAACAGUGAAGGAAGCUCUGUGCAAAGAUGGACGAUUUAUGUCUGUGCUGAACAAACAAGAGUGGGUACUGAUGAAUGGUAAAAAGUCCAUAGACAACUCUUACUCAGUUGACAGUUUAUCUAAGAAGAGUUUUUCUAAUAAGAUUUUUUCCGUGGAAGUGGAGACUAAAAAACAUGCCAAAUCCAGGCGUGGUCCAAAUAAUGAACAGCUCUCCCUGGACUCUCCAGAGGGGCGCAAAACUUUUCAUUAUUUUAAGACUGAUAUUCUGAAUCAGUAUCCUUACUUAAAGAAACAAAGUGAAUUCAUUGACAAGUUCAUUAAAGAUUUUCGAAAGCAACACAAGCAUAAACGUAAUAUCUUCAGAGUGCAUUUUGACAAGGAGACAAAGAAUUCCACUCCGAUUAAGAUGGUGAAGAAACUUGUUACUUGUAGUGAGUCAGUGGGGUACAUUUUGUGGGGUGUUACUAAAAAAGAGGGUGCUGCUACUUGCUUUGUUUUGCAUGAUAAGUACAUACUAACUUGCCACCAUGUAGUUAAGGAUAUAGUUGGAGAAGGAAUUGAGGAAAAGGACUGGGCAGCUAAAAUUAGCCAAUCAGCACGUGUAACUUUCUCUUUUGAAGACCAUCACCCCAGGGAAAUUGACUGGUGGUCACUUGAGUCGUGGUUUGAAAUAUCAGAUCAAGAACUUGACUUCGCUGUUCUGAGACUGAAGGAAAAUAGUAAUGCAAGAAGGCUUCCAGCAGGUUUGGUACAAUUAACUUCUCCUAUCCCAUUUAAUGGUCUUAUUUACAUUAUUGGCCAUCCAGAUGGCGAAGCAAAGUCUAUAGAUAACUGUUCUGUGGUGCCUGUAUUUGAGCGCCCACAGGCAUGUGCUAGUCGUUUGCAGCAGGGCCAGGAGGCAGAAUGCACCAAUGUCAGUUGUGGUUAUGAUGCCAAGGGUAACAAUUGCAUCCAUAUGUACAAUCCAAGAGAUUUCCCAGAAGUAAUCAAUCAACCUGCUGUACUCACCUAUGAUACAUCUUUUUUCUAUGGAUCUUCAGGUUCACCAGUCUUUGAUACAAAUGGCCGUCUGGUUGCAUUGCAUGCAGCUGGUUAUGUUUAUGGAGCCAAAUGCAAACAGCGCAGCAUAAUUGAAUUUGGGUUUUCAAUGGUGUCAAUUCUGUCAGUAAUUGAGAAGAAGUAUAAAAUUUGGUAUGACUCUGAAAUUCGUCCUGCUGUGCAGGCUGGUCCUGACGCAGGAGAGACUAACUUGUGUGGUGACCCUACUGAUGUGGAAAUGGAAGUCUUGGAUUGAAACAACUUCUCAUAAUCAUCUUGUCAUUUUGAAAACAGAGUUGGUCAAGAGGCUGUACUGUUUUUGAAGGUGGUUUCCACAAUCCCACUUAUCUCAGGGACUUUUGCAUCCCAUAUGUGCCUGCUGUCAUUGAGAUCUACUGGGUGGGGUCAUUGUUCUAGGACCCACCCCUCUUGGAGGCAUGACUAGAUGUGACCCUGACCGGGCCUUCUCAGUGGCGAUGCCUGCACUUUGAAUUCUUUGCCCUGGUAAAUUAAAGUUUACCAGGACCCCACUUUGUUAUUUUUCAGAUAAAUUAAUUCUGUACUGCCCUCCUAAUGUUUUUAUUCUGAAAUAUUUGUGGUCUUGGACUUGUGGUCUGCUGGGCAUAUUUUCUGUUAUGGCUCCUUAGUGUAUUGUUGAUUUAACAUAGUUAGCUAUGGUUAUUUUAUUUUAUUUUCACCCACCCAAGCUUGCAGAGAGACACACCUCUAUUCUGCUCUAUGCAGACAAUGCAGAAAUUCUCUCUACAACCCCCACAGGUGUCAGAAGAACUCUGAGGGCCCUUGCCCAAUAUUGCAAAGAAGACCAGUUGGAAAUUAACUAUUACAAAACCAAAAUUAUGGCCUUUGCUAAGAGACAACACACACUCCUGGCAUAUAAAUGGGCACAAAAUUGAGCAGGUUUCAUGCUUUAAAUACAUUUGGGUGGUCUUCUAAGCCUCUGGCACUGGAAAACCUCACAGCACUUAUGUUGCCCCAAACACCCAGAGGAGUGCCACUGCCAUCCUAAAAUUCUUCUGAUCAAGAGGAUACAUAUCUGCAGUUCACUACAUAUUUGCAACCAGGGGUGGGGAACCUUGGCCCUCCAGCUGUUUUUGAACUACAACUCCCACCAUCCCCAGCCACAAUACUGGGGAUGAUAAGAACAGCCCUGCUGGAUCAGGCCCAAGGCCCAUCUAGUCCAGCAUCCUGUUUCGCACAGUGGCCCACCAGAUGCUGCUGGAAGCCACAGACAGGAGUUGAGGGCGUGCCCUUUCUCCUGCCAUUACUCCCCUGCAACUGGUUCUCAGAGGCAUCCUGCCUUUGAGGCUGGAGGUGGCCCACAGCCCUCCGACUAGUAGCCAUUGAUAGACCUCUCCUCCAUGAAGUCAUCCAAACCCCUCUUAAAGCCAUCCAGGUUGUUGGCUGUCACCACAUCCUGUGGCAGAGAGUUCCACAAGUGAAUCACGUGUUGUGUGAAAAAGUACUUCCGUUUGUUGGUCCUAGACCUCCUGGCAAUCAAUUUCAUGGAGUGACCCCUGGUUCUAGUGUUGUGUGAGAGGGAAAAGAAUUUCACUUUCUCCACACCAUGCAUGAUUUUAUAGAUCUCUGUCAUGUCUCCCCGUGGUCGUCUUUUUUCUAAACUAAAAAGCCCCGGGUGUUGUAGCCUUGCCUCAUAAGAAAGGUGCUCUAGGCCCCUGAUCAUCUUGGUUGCCCUCUUCUGUACCUUCUCCAGUUCAACAAUGUCCUUUUUGAGAUGUGGUGACCAGAAUUGUACGCAGUACUCCAAGUGUGGUCGCACCACAGUUUUAUAUAAGGGCAUUAUAAUGUUAGCCGUUUUAUUUUCAAUCCCCUUUCUAAUGAUCCCUAGCAUUGAAUUUGUCUUUUUCACAGCUGCCACACAUUGAGUCGACAUUUUCAACGAGCUGUCCACCACAACCCCAAGAUCCCUCUCUUGGUCUGUCACCGACAGCUCGGAUCCCAUCAGCAUAUACUUGAAGUUGGGUUUUUUUGUCCCAAUGUGCAUCAUUUUACACUUGCUAACAUUGAACCGCAUUUGCCAUUUUGUCGCCCACUCCCCCAGUUUGGAGAGAUCCUUUUGGAGCUGCUCACAAUCCAUUUUGGAUUUCAACAAUCUGUUUUGGAUUGUUUGGAUGAUGGGAGUUGUAGUUCAACAACAGCUAGAGGGCCAAGGUUCCCCACCCCUGCCUUAAACUAUUGAAAGCCAAGUUGCUAGACAACUCCUCUAUGGCGCUCAACUGGGCCCCUUCUCCAACUCUGCCCAUUGGAGCUUGUCCAGUCCAAAUUCCUAAGAAUAGUUCUCCAAGUACCACGGUCUUUCUAACUAAGAAGGUCUGACACAGUGCAUGUUCACACAAUUUACCCUUUUUAGUUUAUUCCACUGUCUUAGUUUUAAACCCCAUAGCAUUUUAUGGUUUUUACCAACUGAGUAAAAUUUUAAGAAUUUAACCAGUUGGAACUUUUAUAUAGUCUUAUCCAUUUUACACUAAUUUUACUUAUCUUAACUGUAGUUUUAAGAUAGUUUACCACAGCUUAACAGUAGCUGUAUAACCAUGUACAGCUUUUAGCUUCUCUGCUGUCUUCAUGGGUCAGGCAUAGCCCAUUUUAAUAUGUCUUUAUGGUGUUUUAAUGUAAUCUACUUUAUGCUGGUCAAAGACCAUAAUUGUAAUUUUUAACUGCUUAUUUGUAUUGCACACUACCUUGAGUUUCAGUUGAUGGUAUGUUGGUGCCUGGCUUGUGCAGCAAAGACUUGGUCUUUGUAUUAUUAUUAUUUUAAAACUCAUGUGAUAUUCUCGAUCUGCAGCCAUAGUAUAUCAUGCAAAUAAAACGUGACCAUGUAGGUGAUGUAUAAAUGGGCAAAAAUCCUAUUUCAUUUACCACCCUGUGCAUGCAGUACUUCUCUUAUUUCAUUUCUAUCCUUUCCUCCAGGGUUAGAACCA